CCCCGCCCUCUCUCCGCCCCACUCCGCGGGAGCCGAGCGCCAAACUCAAACAGUGGGGAGAAAGUUUGAUAUUCAGGUGGCGGCUACGCUGGGUUGGGCGGGCUGGGCCGUUCUGUAGCUGGACGGAGAUCCACCAUGAGUCAGGUUCUGUUUCGGCAGCUGGUGCCGCUGCAGGUGAAGUACAAGGACUGCGAGGAGAGAAGAAUAAAUGUUAGAGUGAGCAUUGAACUCCAAUCAGUUUCUAAUCCAGUUCAUCGAAAGGAUUUAGUCAUUCAGUUGACUGAUGAUGCUGAUCCAUUUUUUCUGUAUAACCUCAUGAUAUCUGAGGAAGAUUUUCAGAGUUUGAAAUUGCAGCAAGGUCUCCUGGUAGACUUUUCAGCAUUUCCACAGAAAUUUAUAGAUCUACUACAGCAAUGUACACAAGAACAAGGCAAAGAGAUUCCAAGGUUUUUGCUUCAGUUAGUUUCUACAGCAGCCAUUUUGGAUCAUUCACCUGUGUUUUUAAAUGUAGUGGAGACAAAUCCCUUUAAGCAUCUUACACACCUUUCUCUAAAACUUCUACCUGGAAAUGAUAUGGAAAUAAAGAAAUUUUUAGCAAGCUGUUUGAAAUGUAGUAAGGAAGAAAAAUUAUCAUUGGAGCAAACACUAGAGGAUGUGACCAGGCAGUUUAACUUUACACAACAGACAUUGUCAGAAAAGAUCCAGGAAUUAGAUAAAUUACGAAAUGAAUGGACAUCACACACAGCAGCAUUGACAAACAAGCAUUCUCAGGAACUGACAAAUGAGAGGGAAAAAGCCCUUCAGGCACAGGUUCAAUCUCAGCAACAGCAUGAACAACAGAAAAAAGACCUAGAAAGCAUGCAUCAAAGAAAUAUUCAUCAGCUUCAGAACAGAUUGUCAGAAAUGGAGGUGGCCAACAAAGACCUAACAGAAAGGAAAUACAAAGGAGACUCCACCAUUAGAGAACUUAAAGCAAAACUCGCUGGUGUAGAAGAUGAGUGCCAGAGGGCUAAGCAAGAAGUCCUCUCUUUGAGACGAGAGAAUUCUACCCUUGAUGUUGAAUGUCAUGAAAAAGAGAAGUACAUCAAUCAGCUUCAAACUAAGGUAGCUGUUUUGGAACAGGAAAUCAAGGAUAAAGACCAGCUAGUUAUAAGAACAAAAGAAGCAUUUGACACCAUUCAGGAACAAAAGGUGGCCUUGGAAGAAAAUGGAGAGAAGAAUCGAAUACAGCUGGGAAAACUUGAAACUACAAUAAAAUCAUUAUCAGCUGAACUUCUUAAGGCAAAUGAAAUUAUCAAGAAAUUACAAGGUGAUAUGAAAACACUAAUGAGUAAAUUAAAACUGAAGAAUACAGUUACAAUUCAGCAAGAAAAACUACUGGCUGAAAGGGAAGAAAAAUUGAAAAAAGAACAAAAGGAGGUACAAGAUAUUGGACAAGCUCUCCAAAGUAAAGAGCAAGAGGUAAGCAAAUUGCAAGAACAGUUAGAAGCUACAGUACAAAAACUUGAAGAGAGCAAACAGCUUUUGAAGAAUAAUGAAAAAUUAAUCACAUGGCUAAAUAAAGAACUAAAUGAGAAUCAGCUAGUAAGGAAGCAAGAACUAUUGGGACCCUCCACCACUUCACCUGCUCAACUUAGCAACAGCACUGUCAGAAGUGGAAUUUCUCCUAAUCCGAACAUGCUUGAUAACAGACUACCUCUUCCAAACUGUGGAAUUGGCUAUACUGUCCCUUCUACAUUUACUUAUCACAGUACCUUUCCUCAUUCUAUAGCCAUGAAGAACACUGUUCAUCCAGUUUCUGGACCAAAGGUUCAGUUUAAUUUGCAGUUUGCAAAAACAAAUACUUCAGGAGAUGUUCCUUCAGGAGGAUCUAUUAACAUACCUCGUUCAACUGAUAAAGAAAAUGGUGAAAAUUUGGGCCUGGAAGCCAAAUAUUUGAAAAAAAGAGAAGAUAGCAUUCCAUUACGAGGACUUAGCCAAAACCUGUUCAAUAAUAUAGAACAUCAGAAGGAUGGCCCUUUAACAACUCUACAAGCCUCAUCAAAACCUGGAGUGCUCCCUCCUGUAGCUUCAGCGUAUUUCCCUGGACAGUGACCAAACCUUCAGUUUUGCUUUGUGAAGUAUGAGAAUGGCAGUGGUUCUGGUUGAAGAUCAACUCUUAAUCUAACAAUAUAAAUUCAUCCGAGAUAACUUUGACCUAAGUGACUAUUGAUAUAAUAUUCUAAUCCUACAAAAGGAUAUUAUUUUGGCUCUAUGAAAGAAAUAUUAUGGAAGCAAGAACUAAAUUUGGGCCUUGACCAUGGUCUAGAUUUUCCAGGUAAUGAAGUAUUUAGUGCCUUUUCCUUUCAAGGAGUCUUGGUACCAUUUUUGAGUAGCAGCUGUGUGUGUUUUGUGGAAAUAAGUGUGGAAGAUCAUAACCCUUUUAAAUGAGAACAGUUUUAAUGUAAAAUUAAAGAAUGUGGAUAACUUUCUCCUAUAGGUGGGGGUACCUUAUCUAGAAAAUAAAUAGGAAACAUUCUUAGGAGUACAACUAGCCUGCUGGUUUUCUAAUAGAAAAUUAAAGAGUUUUAUGUAUAAUUCAUAAAGAUUGUUAUAAUGGAACCUUAUUCUAAGAUUUGCUAGAAUUAAUCUCAUUAUUAAGAAAUCAGUGUAAUUCUUAUGAAUUUAGCCAACUGAGUAAAAUAGCUCUUGUAGUUGAUUCAUUAGCACAUGUGACUCUCCAAACCUAGUUAGCUAUUAAUGAAAAGAUACUUCUUUUUAACCUACUGGCUUAGACAGCAUUACAAAGCUAAUAACCAGAUCAGGGUGAAAUGUCAUCUAAAACAAAGAAUUUUCAGUGCCAUCCUGUAUCUGCCAAGUUUUUUCUUUAAGUUGAAAUUUUUAUCAAGUGGCCCUUUGCGUAAAUAUUUAAAGUCUCAGGACUGCUUUAUUUCUUCCAUUUCCUUCCCUCCUCCAACUUCAACAUUCCUUCUUUGCAGUUAAUCCUUCAGAUAAUUUUACAUAAUUGAGAAAUCCUAAUUCAUAAGCAUGAAGGCUUAAGUGUUUUAUUAUGCACUAGUAUUUAAAAACAUAGAAUUAGCAUGGUUGAGAGACAUAAAUGUAAGGUGCCCCCCUGGGGGGCAGAACCGAGACCAGGAGUUCCUCAGGUAAGGGUGAGGGAAAAUGAGAGUCCAGAGAAAGAUGUGAGUCAGAAGGACUUCAUCAGCUGGUUGUAAAAUGAGAGUGCUUUAAUUCAAGCUGGUAACAUCUUAUAAAGGCAAGAACCACAGACAGUAAAACAAUCCUUGAAGAAACAUCAAAGAGAAGGUGUAGCAGAUAAGGCUCUAAAGUCACCCAGGUUCAUGAACAGUCAAAUCAGUAAUAACACGUUAUUGACUGAAAUAACACGUUUUAUUAUGCUAAGAAUAAAGAAGGUGAAGGGGAGGGCACUCAGACCUUAUCUAGACAGACUCUGAGUUCUCUGCCUCUGACACAUAAAUACAUUAUUAAGUGCCAGCAUCAGUAGGUGACACAUUUUUCAGGAGUGUCCAGGAUCUUAGGUGAUACUGCUUUGAAGCCCUAUCCAGGAUUUUGAGUCUUCCUGUACUUUAUAAGAUCUAGGGCAAAAUUAGCUUACAGUGUAUAGUCACCCCUUUUGAGAAAAAAUGCAGCUUGUCAAUUAUGAUUUUUAAAAAAUUCUACAAUUCUCCUGUUUUGUUGAGCUGUUGUUAGGUUUCAGUUACAAUGCUAGUCUUCCAGAUACCAUGAUAGUGACAUACUAUAUUACAACUUGAAUUGAGAUACAGAUUAUGAAGCAUCUUUUUUGAAAGCAACUUUAGAAUGUUGUUGUAAAUAAUUGUAUAGUACAUAUUUAUAAAAUGAAUGUGAAGGUUGAGUAGUGAAAUUAGUCAUUGGGGUACAUGUCUAAGCAGCCUUUUGAUUAGUAUAAAGGAAUUCAGCCCUUUCUUUCCCCUUAACUUUAAAGAUGAAAGCAGCCUAGUAAGAUUUGCCAAAGCAUGGUUUAGAAAAAAAAUUUUAAUGUUCUUACUUUAAAAAAUCUGGUAAUAGAAAUCAUACCGAUUACUUACUGGAAAUUUGUCUUGGGUAUAUGUACACUUUUGAGUAAUUUUACUCUGUUCUACCUCUUAAACUCUUCACUUGUUUUGCAGUGUAAAAGUUGUACAUUUCUUUGUAAUCAAUGUUUUAUUUAAUGUAUGUUAUUGAAAUAUUAAAAUGGUUUAUGGUUUUGG